UCGGGGAGCGCCAUGAGUGCGCGCGGAGCCAAAGACUGGAGCUUACGACUGGCAGGUGCGGAGCGGGAACUUCAGCUGAAAUUGGGUACAUUUAGAGAUUAUUGUAAAAGGGACAUUUGUUUGUUUGUGAAUAAGACUUUUAAGAAAUUAGUGGUAGUAAGAAUGGUGUAAUUGGUAUUAUUAGACCAAGGGUGGAUAAACAUUCUCAUAACUGGCUAGCACAAGUAGAAAAAAAGAUAUCUUAACUAUUUCAGCGAAUUUACUGCUCACCAACAAUGUACAAAAGUAGAGAAUUGCUUCUCAAAGCCAUGGAAAAUAACCUUGGUCUUGUGGAACCAAUUUGUAAAAGUAGCUUUGAUGAAGCUGAGAGAAAUGAAAAGCUAGAUAACCUGCGAGAAUCGAUGAAAACUUUUUGCCAAAUUGAUUUCAAUUUCAAUAAAUAUGUAAAGUGUGAGAAUGAGUUAGAGAAAAGGAGAACUCCAGAAGAUUUUGAAACCAACAAGUCGUUUAAUGAAUUGCUGGAGGAAUAUUCAAAGAAAAAGGUGAAUGUGGAACAUCAUGAGAUGUAUUUAAAACUUGAAGAGAAGAUUCGACUACUACGAGGUGAACUAGAAGAUGGUGUAGAAGUUAGUAGGGCUACUCCCAACACCAUUUGCCCUGUAAGCAAGCAAAUUAUGUCUAAUCCAAUGACAAAUAAAUUGUGUGGUCAUAUUUAUGACUAUUCUAGUGUCAUUGAAUUGCUGAAAUUGAGCAAGAAAGGAAUACGAUGUCCAGUACCUGGCUGCGUGAAAGCACCUAGGUUUUCUGCUAAGGACCUGGAACCCAAUAAUGCAGUGAAAAAAUACAUUUCUCAGAUGGAAAAGGAGAAGAAUUAAUUCACAUUCAUUGUAGCAAAAUGGUUGUCUGGGAUUUAUAAGUGCUUUUCCAUUUUUUAUUUGUUUCAUUUGAAUAUAAACAUGUACAGUUGACUAGACAUUAAUAGAUGAUAUUUAAUGUAGUCUCUUUUUGUAAUAAAUGUAAAAAAUAUUUGUAUAUUUGAUAAUAAAAUAAUACUAAAUUAAAUAUAA